AUGCGCUUUCUCUUCUCGAGCUCGAGGUUUGGGUUCCAGCAGCAAUGGGACCGGUCCACCCACGUUCUACAAGUUUUGGGAACGUCAUGGGUGUGCCGGUUGACCUCGUGGCUCUUGUCGCUGUGGGAAAACAUGUUGAUCGCCUACCCGAACUGGAAUUGCGUCGUCCUGAAUACGCAUGUGUUUCACGUACUCCGUCAGCGCUUGUACGUCGACAUUGGCGCGUACACGAACGGGUGGUUCUACCCAUUCUCGGCCGACUACGUCCAGUACGCGGUUGACUUGAAUCUGGACGCGUCGAAUGGCGAAGUGCGGCCCGACAAGCAAGUGAACCGUGCCCAUUCGGCCUGUUCAUCAAUGUAA